CUGCCAUGCAGGCAAGGACGCAGGUGGUGGUAACCUUGGACCAGGAGCGGGUGCAUGGAGGAACAUAGGAAAGGAAGAGGGGAGAGCUGCUUUGAAGUGAACGCAACAACAAGAGAAACGAUUGCUGUCAGCUAAACAUCGCAAGUUGAACAGCUCAAGUGAGCCGUCUUGGUGAGACGGGGACAAACAACCUCUGCAGGUCGAAAUGCAGGAAGAGAGAAGGAACGGUGGACCUGACGGACAGGACACGAAUGGGAAGGAUGAUCAGGGCAAUAGAAGGAGAGGAAGGGAUAGCAUGGAUGUCUUUGGCGGAACUGAGUCCAUUGUGAUUGUAUUUCUUGCUUUGCUGUUCUACAUAGUACAGAAGUUGACGACUUGGACUGGCAACACAGACUGUGAAUGCUAGGAACCUGCGUCGUUUGAUCGAAAAUAACCAGGGUCUAAGCUUCUUGGUGUUGACUUUACAUGUCAGUUCGUUAGCCUUCGUGAUUAUUGUUAAUAAAUCGCUCAGCUUGC